GUGGCCUCUCCUAGCCACGCCCCCUCCUGCUAGGCUCUGCUGCUUUGCUGGCUUCCCACAAAGUCGGAAGCAGAGGAGAAAGAAGGAAGGGAAGAAGGAAGGAAGGAAGGAAGGAAGACAUGGGGGGAGACUCCAAAGUCAAGGUGGCCGUCAGGGUCCGGCCCAUGAACAGGAGGGAAAUAGACCUGCAUACAAAAUGCGUGGUGGACGUGGAUGCAAACAAAGUGAUUCUCAACCCGGUGAACUCCAACCUUUCGAAAGGGGAUGCCAGGAGCCAGCCAAAGGUCUUUGCCUACGAUCACUGCUUCUGGUCAAUGGAUGAAGCCGUCAAAGAAAAAUACGCAGGCCAAGAUAUUGUUUUCAAGUGCCUUGGAGAAAACAUUCUCCAGAAUGCUUUUGAAGGCUACAAUGCCUGUAUCUUUGCCUACGGACAGACCGGGUCCGGAAAAUCCUACACCAUGAUGGGCACCGCCGACCAACCAGGGCUAAUCCCCCGACUUUGCAGCACCCUCUUCGAAAGAGCUCAGAAGGAGGAGAGCGAGGAGCAGAGCUUCAAAGUGGAGGUGUCCUACAUGGAGAUUUACAACGAGAAGGUCAGAGACCUUCUGGACCCAAAGGGGAGCCGACAGUCCUUAAAAGUCAGAGAGCACAGCGUCUAUGGGCCUUACGUGGAUGGGCUUUCCAAACUGGCUGUGGCCAGCUACAAGGACAUAGAGUCUUUGAUGUCUGAAGGUAAUAAAUCUCGGACAGUCGCUGCAACCAACAUGAACGAAGAAAGCAGUCGAUCCCAUGCGGUCUUCAAGAUCAUCCUCACACACACCUUGUAUGACGUCAAAUCAGGGACAUCGGGUGAGAAAGUGGGCAAGCUCAGCCUCGUGGACUUAGCCGGCAGCGAAAGGGCAACCAAGACCGGUGCCGCGGGGGACAGGCUGAAGGAGGGGAGCAACAUCAACAAGUCCCUCACAACUCUGGGAUUGGUCAUUUCUGCUCUUGCGGAUCAGGCUGCUGGCAAAAACAAGAACAAAUUUGUCCCAUACCGCGACUCCGUGCUCACGUGGCUACUCAAAGACAGCCUUGGUGGCAACAGCAAGACUGCCAUGGUCGCUACGGUCAGCCCGGCUGCCGACAAUUAUGACGAGACCCUUUCCACCCUUCGGUAUGCUGACCGGGCCAAGAACAUCGUGAACCACGCCGUGGUCAACGAAGACCCCAAUGCCCGGAUCAUCCGGGAGCUGCGGGAGGAAGUGGAGAAACUCAGGGAGCAGCUCACCAAAGCCGAGGCAAUGAAAUCUCCAGAACUGAAAGACCGCUUGGAAGAGUCUGAAAAACUUAUCCAGGAGAUGACGGUGACUUGGGAAGAGAAGCUACGGAAGACAGAAGAGAUUGCACAGGAGCGGCAGAAGCAGCUUGAAAGUCUUGGCAUUUCUCUCCAGUCUUCCGGGAUCAAAGUGGGAGACAACAAGUGCUUCCUGGUCAACCUGAACGCCGACCCUGCCCUCAAUGAACUUCUGGUCUAUUAUUUAAAGAAUCACACUUUGAUCGGGUGCGAUAACUCCCAAGACAUCCAGCUUUGUGGACUGGGGAUCCUUCCCGAACACUGCAUAAUAGAUAUCACCUUGGAUGGCCAAGUCAUGUUGACACCUCAGAAGAAUGCAAGGACAUUCGUAAACGGUACAGCGGUUGCAAGCCCUACACAGCUCCAUCAUGGGGACAGAAUACUCUGGGGGAACAACCACUUUUUCAGGCUGAAUUUGCCAAAAAAGAAGAAGAAGGUAGAAACGGAGGACGAAGACAAAGACAGCUCAAUGAAAGGAAGCAACAGCUCCGAGCAGCUGGAUCUCGAUGGCGACAGCUCCAGUGAAGUAUCCAGCGAGAUCAGCUUCAGCUAUGAAUAUGCCCAGAUGGAGGUGACCAUGAAAGCGCUGGGUGGAAAUGAUCCUAUGCAGUCCAUUUUGCAAAGUCUGGAACAGCAGCACGAAGAGGAGAAGCGGUCCGCCUUGGAGCGGCAAAGGCUGAUGUACGAACACGAGUUGGAGCAGCUCCGAAGGCGCCUCUCUCCAGAAAAGCAGUACUACCGGGCCACGGAUAGGUUCUCUUUCCACUCUCCCAGCGCUCAGCAGCGGCUGCGACAAUGGUCCGAAGAGAGAGAAGAAAUGCUGAGCUACAGCUUGAGGAAGCUGAGAGAGCAGAUCAUGAAGGCCAACCUGUACACACGGGAAGCCAGUUUCAUAGCUGAAGAGAUGGACAAGCGGACAGAAUACAAGGUCACCCUGCAGAUCCCGGCCUCGAGCCUUAACGCAAACCGAAAGCGAGGUGCCCUUCUCAGUGAGCCAGCCAUUCAGGUGAGACGGAAAGGCAAAGGCAAACAGAUCUGGUCCCUGGAGAAACUAGAAAACCGGCUAGUCGACAUGAGGGACCUCUACCAGGAAUGGAAGGACUGCGAGGAGGACAACUUGGUCAUGAGGGCUUACUUCAGGCGAGCGGAUCCAUUCUACGACGAGCAGGAGAACCACAGCCUCAUUGGCGUCGCCAACGUCUUCCUUGAGUCCCUCUUUUUUGACGUCAAACUUCAAUAUGCGGUGCCCAUCAUCAAUCAGAAAGGAGAGGUGGCAGGCCGUUUGCAUGUGGAAGUGGUGCGUGUGAGCGGAGAGAUCGGAGAGCGCAUCGCCGGAGGUGACGACAGCAUGGAGAACUUCUCCGAGAAUGACCUCCAGGAGAACAAGUUAGUGUGCAUGAUUAAAAUCCUCCAGGCCACCGGUUUGCCUCAGCACCUCUCCAACUUCGUCUUCUGCAAGUAUUCGUUCUGGGAUCAACUGGAACCCGUGACGGUGGCCCCCGAGAUGGAUCCCUCUCUCUCGCCCGUCAGCAAGGAGCCGCGGUGCAUGGUCGUCUUCGACCAUUGCAAUGAAUUGUCUGUCCACAUUACUGAUGAUUUUAUGGAGUAUCUUUCCGAUGGCGCUUUGGCCAUUGAGGUGUAUGGGCACAAGCAGUCCGACCCUUGCAAAAACCCAGCUCUGUGGGACCUGGGAAUAAUCCAGGCCAAGACACGAAGCCUCCGAGACAGGUGGAGUGAAGUCACGCGCAAAGUGGAGUUGUGGGUUCAGAUUCUGGAGCUGAAUGAGAACGGGGAAUAUUGCCCAGUGGAGGUGAUUCCAGCCAAGGAUGUGCACACAGGAGGCAUCUUUCAACUCAGGCAGGGACAAUCGCGUAGGAUUCAAGUGGAAGUGAAGUCAGUGCAAGAAUCAGGAACGUUGCCUCUCAUGGAAGAAUCCAUUCUGUCCAUUGGAGUGGGUUGCGUCCAGAUCAGGAACAUCAAGUCGCCCAAAAGCCACGAGAAUCAUCAGGAAGAAGAUGAUGACAUGGAUAGCUACCAGGACAGAGACCUGGAGAGGCUGCGUCGGAAAUGGCUGAAUGUGCUCACGAAACGCCAGGAGUAUCUUGAUCAGCAGUUACAGAAACUUGUAGGAAAGCCAGACAAAACAGAAGACGAUGCAGACCGAGAAGCCCAGCUGUUAGAGAUGAGGUUGACCCUUACAGAAGAGAGGAAUGCCGUCAUGGUGCCUUCCGCUGGCAGUGGCAUCCCUGGAGCCCCUGCGGAGUGGACACCUGUGCCUGGAAUGGAGACGCACAUCCCGGUCCUCUUCCUUGAUUUAAAUGCGGACGACUUCAGCUCUCAGGACAAUCUGGACGAGCCGGAAGCGGGUGGAUGGGAUGCAACCUUGGCGGCCGAAGAGGAGGAUGAGUUCUUUGAGCUGCAGAUUGUCCGGCACCACGAGAGCGAGGCGAAGGCUGAAGCUUCGUGGGAUUCCACAGUCCACAACUGCGCACAGCUCAGCCGAGGGGCAACCGGAGAACAGAGAGUCUACCUGAUUGUGCGGGUGACGGUGCAGCUGAGCCACCCGGCCGAGAUGCAGCUGGUGCUUCGCAAGCGCAUCUGUGUCAACGUCUAUGGCAAGCAGGGAUUUGCUCAGAGUUUAUUGAGAAGGAUGUCUUACCGGAGUUCGGUGCCUGGCUGCGGAGUGACGUUUGAAGUCGUUUCGAACAUCCCGGAGGAUGCUCAAGGAGUAGAGGAACGAGAAGCACUAGCAAGAAUGGCAGCCAACGUUGACAAUGCCGCUUCAGCCGAUUCAGAAGCCCAUAUUGAGAAAUACCUCCGAAGCGUCCUGGCCGUGGAGAACAUCCUCACUCUGGACCGGCUACGUCAGGAAGUUGCCGUGAAAGAACAGCUGGCAGGCAAAGGAAAACUGUAUCGAAAGAGCCUCAGUUCUCCAAAUGUCAAUCGACUCUCAGGAAGCCGCCAGGAUCUCAAUCCGCCCUACAGCCUCGCGACGUACAAAAACCGUUGGGAAAGCCAUCAAGACGUAUCGCAAGCCUCGGCACAAUCCAACAAGUCCAGACCGAGUCUCCUGGCGUCUCCGCAGCAGAACGGCUCUGCCAAUCCAGGACUCGGUGGCCUCGCUGCUACUUACUUGAAUCCUGUGAAGUCUUUUGUGCCUCAGAUGCCAAAGCUGCUUAAAUCCCUGUUUCCGGUUAGAGAUGAGAAAAAGGGAAGGCAAACCUCUCCGCUCAUUCCGCAGCCUGUCCCUCGUAUUAUGGUCCAGUCGGCCAGUGUUGAUGCCAGCUCUGCAAAACUGAAGCAGCUAACUCAAGGGGAAGGCAACAAAGAGCCCUUUGAGGUGGCCGCCCAGUCGACAGGCUUAGAGAAGACCCUCGAAAGGUCACCCAAAGUGCCUCCUCAGCCGUCCACGCCAGACAUUCAAGCUCAAGACUCUCAAGAAGGGCCACCAAGUCCUUUGAGUGAAGCCUCCAGCGGCUACUUCUCUCACAGCGUUUCAACGGCGACUCUUUCGGAAGCGCUUACGUCAGGGAUCGAGGUCCCGCUUCCAGCUGGGAGCCAGACAUCCACCGCCAUUGAUGUGGCCCAGCCUUCAGUGACCACCCAAGCAACCUCUGUUGUUGAGACUCCCAUAAAAUCAUACCCUGUUUCAGAUUCCGAGUCAAACUCUUCUCUUGCGAGAGGUGAUCUGGUUACCUCUGGCCUUAAACUUGACCAUACAAGAACUAAGGACUGGGACAAAGUGGAUAGUAGUGGCAACUUGAGGUCAAGAUCCCUUGUCCCUCCCGCAGCUCCAAGUGAAGCUACUGAGACGGAUACACACUGCUCUUCUUCCUCCCCUUCAAAGAAAGACAUGCACACAUCUCAACAACCCGGAAGUCCUCCCGUUGCCUCCCGAUAUGCAAAACCAGCACCUGCCUCUGAAACAAGGUCCUCCUCCAGGUCCCAGGUCCUUCCUGACCUUUCACCACAGUCCAACGUCAUCGCCUCCCCAUUCAAAAUCCAAAGAGUAAAGACGUCUGAACUCAAGUCCUUCUCCAGCAUGUUGGGAGGAGAACCGGGAGGGUUCUUGAGUUUGGAAGAGGAAAAUAUCCAGGAAGGCCAGGACAACGACAUGGAAGCCAGUCUCGAGGAAAAAGCAGACGUGGCGUCUGACUCGGAAGAAGGCAACGAGAUCCCUGACUGGUUGAAGGAGGGCGAGUAUGUGACUGUCGGUACGAAUAAAAGCGGGACCGUGAGAUACGUUGGUCCAACGGACUUCCAAGAAGGAACCUGGGUGGGAGUCGAAUUGGAUUUGCCAUCAGGUAAGAAUGACGGUUCAAUCGGAGGAAGGCACUACUUCAAGUGUAAUCCGGGCUACGGGCUCCUGGUGAAGCCGAGUCGGGUCAAAAGAGCCACGGGGCCCCUCAGGCGCAGGAGUGCCGGGACGAAGCUCCAAGGAGGAGCCGUGCAAGAGCACCGGCGGAGUGGGACCUUCUCCGGCUCGGCCUCCAACCUGGCCUCCCUGACCGCUUUGGCCAAAACAGAAGUGGGGUCCACCCCGCGGCCAGAGAGGAACCCGAAGAACGCAGAGAACAGGAAAUCAUGGGCGAACUGAGAGGACGAGGUAGUAGGUCGCCCUCAAGACUACUUCACUGCGUGGAUGCUUCUUUGGAGUGGCCUUAUUUUGCACAACCGAGCCACCCUGGUGUGUGUUUCAGGGCGGGGGACGGACGCAUUUGCAGAACAGAAACCCCCCCUCAGGCAGGUGGCAAGGUGUCUACGUUUCCGUGUUUCUACUCGGGUCACUUGUUAAGACUUUCCUUGCCAUGAAGGAGUUGCCGGUCGAGACUCCUGAUGCAAACGGUGACCCUUUGCUGUGUGUCCUUGUCUGUGUGUCUUCAGCCCCUUCCCCCCUCCCACGACCACAAGGUUGUGAUUGUGCAAUUCACACCACUCACAGCAUCUGUCCUGCUCCUUCAUGGGCUCCCGUUGACCAUUUUCUUUCUCAAGAAAGGAUGCCAAACAUAACUUGCCGUCAAAGUGCUGUACUUUUUUAGGAAUCUCAAAACCACUGACCCUUCUUCGAGCCGCAGAGAAGCGAAAGAAGACAAUCACAUGACCGGGCAGGUCACAACUUUCUCCGAAAGGCGCCUGGCUUGAAUGUGGUUCUCUGGUCUUAUAACUCCUCUGGUUGGUAUCGCGGGAAGGUAUUUAUACCUGAUGGUGCGGGGAUGAGGUUUAGACACCUAAUAUUGCCUUCUUUCAACAAAAUCCUUAAUAUUACGAGCAUCCUUAAUCGAAAUUGAGAGUGGUGGAUUAACAAGUAAUCUGUGUUUUCUGUUUGAAAGAAAGGGAAAAAAGCAUGAGCAGAAAGAGAGAAAGGGAAGAGGGCUUUCCUCUCCCCUUGAACCAGUAGUAGCAUUUCAACAAUGCUACUCCAUAUGUCAAGUUUGCUUCCGAAUUAUAGUGGACCAAGUUGGGUGCCAAGAAGGGUCUUUCCAGGGUUGUUGUAGGUUUUUCGGGUUGUAUGGCCAUGUUCUAGGACAGUAAUUCUCAACCCCUUCCUAAUGUUUGUUGUUGUUGUUCAUUCGUUCAGUCGUCUCCGACUCUUCGUGACCUCAUGGACCAGCCCACACCAGAGCUCCCUGUUGGCCGUCACCACCCCA